UGAUCCCAGUAUUUUCCUGUCUCUGCACAGGAUCUGCUGUGUGCAUGUCUCUGCGGAGUUUUGUUUCCAGCCGUGCUUUGACAAAGGGCUUGUUCUGUGAAGCACGUCUUGUCCUCUCUGUCCAGCCUCUGGCUUAAACCACGGAAUCACAAAUAUUCUCCAGCUGGGAAGCAGACCAGGGCAGAGAUGAAGAACCCAGAAGCCCAAGGGGAUGUUUCCCUUUCCCAGGGAAUCCGCAUGAUGUUUUACGUGAUGAAGCCCAAUGAAACGUCAUUCCAAACCCUGGAAGAGGUGCCUGAUUAUGUAAAACAGGCAACUCCAUUUUUCAUUUCCUUGAUGCUGCUUGAACUAGUUGUCAGCUGGAUCAGCAAAGGGAAGCCCCCAGGUCGUUUGGAUGAUGCACUAACAUCGAUAUCAGCUGGUGUUCUAUCUCAGCUUCCAAGAUUGUUUUUCAGGAGCAUUGAACUGACCAGUUACAUUUAUAUCUGGGAGAACUACAGGCUCAUCAUUUUGCCUUGGGAUUCUCCAUGGACUUGGUAUUUAACUUUCUUAGGAGUUGACCUUGGCUACUAUUGGUUCCAUCGCAUGGCCCACGAGGUUAAUAUUAUGUGGGCUGCACACCAAACACACCACAGUUCUGAAGACUAUAACUUAUCCACAGCUCUGAGACAAUCUUCCUUCCAAAUAUAUACUUCCUGGAUAUUCUACUCUCCCCUGGCCCUCUUUGUACCACCUUCGGUAUAUGCUGUUCAUCUUCAGUUCAAUCUCCUCUACCAGUUUUGGAUCCACACAGAGGUCAUUGAUAACCUUGGUCCUUUGGAACUGAUCCUUAACACGCCUAGCCAUCACAGGGUACAUCAUGGCAGAAACCGUUAUUGCAUAGACAAAAAUUAUGCCGGCACACUUAUUAUAUGGGAUAGAAUUUUUGGGACAUUUGAGCCAGAGGAUAAAAAAGUUGUAUAUGGUUUGACACAUCCCAUUAAUACAUUUGAUCCACUCAAGGUGCAGUUCCACCAUUUAGUUUACAUGUGGACUACAUUCUGGGCCACACCUGGAGUCUGCAAUAAGUUCUCUGUCAUAUUUAAAGGACCAGGAUGGGGACCAGGUAAACCAAGACUCGGACUGAGUGAAGAAAUCCCCGAGGUUACCGGGGAAGAAGCUCCCUACUCAUCGUCAGCGCCUUACCUAUUGAAGAUCUAUGCAGUUGUACAGUUUGCUGUGAUGCUAGUCUUUUAUGAAGAGACCUUUGCAAAUAAAGCUGCACUGACUCAGCUCACUCUCCUUCUGAGGGUCUGCUUCUUUAUCCUGACCUUGACCUCCAUCGGAUUUCUUCUGGAUCAAAGGUUCUGGAAUAGCACAAGACUCUGGAGUUUCAUCAAGAUCCAAUUCCAAAUGAACUUCCGACCUAAGGCAGCUGUCGUGGAAGCUUCCCGUUGCUUGGUGUUUCUAAUGCUCUGUCGAUUUGGCCAUCUGAAGCCUCUCAUCCCUGUCUUGUCAUUUGCUUUUGAGGUUUUUUUCUCCAUCUGCAUUGCUUUCUGGGGAGUGAGAAGCAUGAAACAACUUGCCUCUGGCCUUUGGAAAUAAUUUCAGUUUGUACACAAUUCUCUCGUUUUAAUGAGUUGUCUAUAACCACAAUAUGUUAAUACCAACUAUAAAAAUAAUGAUCUUAUAUCAUAAUUAAUGAACCACUUAUUUAGUGUAAGAUAAUAUAUACUCUUGCUUGCUUUCCACAUUCAUUAUCUUCUCUUAAAAUUAAAGUUAGUUGCAGUUACUUUAUUGAUAGAGAUGACAAUAAAUGAUUUCAAAUGUAAUGAUAUUAUAUCCAUUGGUAGCAUCUAAUGAGAAGCAGAAAAGAAAGGGAGAAAACAUAAAAACAGUGAAAAAGAGUAAAGAUGCCAUUUGCAUUAACUGGACAGCGUUCCCUUUGCUGUUUGCUAAAACUGUGUGAGUUAUUCGCUGUUGGGUGGGCUCCAGUUCCUAGCAACCCUAUGAAUGAGUUUUGUCCACAAUAUCCUGUCUUCAGUGGCCCUGCUCAGCUCCUGUAGACUCACGCCUAUGGCUUCCUGUAUGCAGCCAAACCGUCUCAUAUUUGAUCUGCCUCUUUCUCUGCUGCCUUCUAUUCCCCCCCCCCCCAGAAUUACUGUCUUUUCCAUUGCCUUCUUAUGAUGUGUCCAAAGUUGGACAGCUUCAAUUUUGCCAUUUUUGCCCCCAACAGUGUUUCAGGUUUAAUUUGCUCUAGGAUACACUUGUUCGUGUUUCUGUAGGUCCAGGGUAUCUGUAGAGCUCUCCUGCAACACCACAUUUCACAUGAGUACAUUUUUCUUAUCAGCCUUCUUUACUGUCCAACCUUUGCCUCUGUACAUAGUAAUUGGGAAUAUGAGGUGUGGAUGAUCUUAGCCUUGGUCUCUAAUGACACACCAUUGCUCUUAAUCUUUUCCAAUUCUUUCAUUGUUGCCCUUCCAUGUCUCUCUUGACUUCUUGACUGCAGUCUCUAUUUGAAUUGAUGACUGAAUCAACGUAAGCAAAAUCUUGAACAAUUUUAAUGUCUUCAUUUUGUAUGUUAAAGAUGCAUAUUUCUUCUGUAGUCAUAAUUUUUUUCUCUCCUUCUCCUCCUCCUCCUCCUCCUCCUCCUCCUCCUCCUCCUCCUCCUCCUCCUCCUCCUCCUCCUCAUCCUUCUCCUCUCCUCCUUCUCCUUCUCCUUCUCCUUCUCCUUCUCCUUCUCCUUCUCCUUCUCCUUCUCCUUCUCCUUCUCCUUCUCUUUCUCCUUCCUCCUCCUCCUCUUCCUCUUCCUCUUCUUUUUGUUAAUCCUCACCCAAGGAUAUGUUUUCAUUGAUUUUUAGGGAAAUUGAGAGGAAAAGACUGAAAGAAAUAUCAAUGAGAGAGAGACACGUCAAUUGGUUGCAAGAGCCCAACCAGGGCCCAGGCCAGGGAGGAGCCUGCAACCAAGGUAUUUGCCCUUGACAGGAAUCAAACCCGGGACCCUUUGGUCCGCAGGCCAACGUUCUAUCCACUGAGCCAAAUCAGCUAGGGUAUAAAUUUUGUCUUCUUAAUGUCCAAAUGCAGUCCUGCUUUUGUACUUUCUUCUUUCAUUUGUAUCAGCUGUCAUUUCAAAUCAUUGCUACUAUUUGCCCAUAAGAUGGUGUUAUCUACAUUGCUUAAGUUAUUCAUAUUUCCUCCUUCUUCCUCUGAGACUAGCCCAGUUUUUCAUAUGAUAUGGCCUUUUACAGAUUAAACAGAUAAGGAGAUAAAUUGUACCAUUGUCUGACCAUUCAGCUAAAAUUGUGCUUAGUUAAAUACUUAUCAUCAUAAAAAGUGUAUUACAUUAGUUGUCUGCCUAGGAUUAUAUUUACCAUUGAAAACCAUAUAACCUAAGACUAUACAUUACAGAAAAAGACAUAACUGAAAUGAAAAUGAAUAUAAUUUGUCAGAAUUAAUUGAUUCAACAGAUUAAUUUGUGAUACAUAUGUCAUAUGUUUGAUCAAUUUGUUUUGGUAGAUUGAGAAGCAGACGGUAAUUCUGUUAUUUUAAAUUGUCACAAUAAUGUUAAUAAAACUCUGUAAGCUAAAUCA